AUGGGUAUUGUUUGGGCUCCCUGUGUGUAUAUUUACACUUUGGGAUCGCAGGCUCACGAGCAUGUUGCAAUCCAAUAUGGCGUCGCAGUAAGGAUCAUCAAAACAGAGAACACACAAAAAUGGGCAAGAAAAAGAAGCCAUUUAUUGACAAAAAGAGUGCUCACAGCUUUCAACUUGUUCAUCGAAGUCAAAAGGAUCCUUUACAAGCAGACGAAGACAGCUCGAAACAUGUUCUUGUUUCACUUGAUGGGGAAAUACAGGGAGCUUCAAGCCACAAUGUGUAAGUACAUUUUAAAUGGGAAUAAAAUACAAAUGGGAGUGAAUGGUAUGUAUGAACCAAGUUGUAAGAAAUCUAUGUGCAGUAUGGUAAUCUGGGUGUAAAAAGUCUUGAGAAAGACUGUUAUAGUUACCUAACGUUUUGAAAUCCUGUAUGGAAGUCAUGUU